CCUUAUUUAUUUUCCAAACUUUCUAUAAUGUGGUUUGGUUCAUUUUAUAAUGAAAAAGACAUUUUUUAAAAGGGAGGGAAUGGAGGUAUUUUGAGCCAAGCAGAAGAGGGACAAAGCUGCCUUCUCGAAAUGCUGGGGACCAGACACUUUGUCUCUUUUCUCCACUGGGGUGAGACUGCCAGGCUUGCAGGUGCCCCAGAGAACAGCAGUGCCACCUAACCUAGCCUUCAUUCCUCUACCUCUUUCCUAAAUUGCAGAGCUGUAUUUGUAAAUUUGUCCUCUUAGGACACUUGCUUUCUCUGGAAUUUUUCACUUUAGUUUUAUCAUUGUCCUAGAGUUGUGAAUAUGAAAAAGUCAGUGAUAUGUGGUGAGGAGUGAAGUCAGAAGUUCUGCUUUGCCUUUUAGCUCCACAUAGAACCAGCCCCAUGGAGAGCCUCCAUUCCUGGGUGGGAGCCAAGGUCAAGAGUAGCAGUGCCUUGGUAGGGACAGUCUCUGGGUCAUUGAGAGGCUAGGCCAUCAAGACACUGGAAAGACUUUUCUAAAACAGUAUUGUCCAAUAAAAAUAUAUAUGCAUGUUUAAAUUUUUAAGUAGCCACAUUAAAAAGGGGCAAAGAAAUAGGUGAAAUUAAUUUUAUUUAUAUAUUUUAUUUAACCUAAUAUAUCCCAAGUUAAAUAAGAUUAAAAAUUUAGUUUCUCAGUCACACUAGUCACAUUUCAAAUGUUCAUUCACCUCAUGUUCCUGGCAGCCACCUCCCUGAACAAUUUUAGUGUAUUGGGGUCUCUCCAGCAGCUCCUCGUCCUUUGUGACAGCUAUAGAAAGCAGGGCCAAAGGAGCUUUGCAAAGUUAGACCAGCCUCACUCCAGGAAACCAAAAGAAGAUUGACUUGUGCCGGCCCAUGGAAAGCUCCUCCGGGGACACCUUUCCUGUGGCAGAGCUGCGUGUGUUCCAGGCAAAACCUGGCUUCCAUGUUACGGUUUUGGAGCUGCAGCCAGAGGGUGCAGUUUGCAGUUGGGAACCUGCAGCUGCACAACCACAGUGGCCCCAGCAAGUUUUCUGCCUUAUAGCUGCCACUUAACUGGCCUGGGCCCCACUGACUUACCUCACGUGGCGUCACAUUUGGGGGAUAAGGGCUCAUUCAAGACGAGCAAGGUUUUCCUGUGGGGUGCUCCCUCCCCACCCAGCAGCUCUCACUGGUGCAGGGGCUGAGUCCAGCCCUGUACCCUGGAGAAUUGGCAUUAUUCUCCCAACCGGGUCAGCAGACACAGAAUUGUGGUUGGGACCAAUACCUGCCUCCAUAGUUUAAGAGAAAUGGGGAAAAGAUUUUGAAAAUACCUUUUUUCCCUCCUAGCUUAUAUGCUCAAAACCUUUAUUUACACAUCACCUCAUCAGCUAUUUGCACAUGGGGUAGGUCAUCUUUUGGGUUAUGUCAGGCCAAUUACACAGCCCACUUUUCUUCUAAAUUCUCUUACAUGGAACAUAAAGCUGACUUUGUGUUCUCGUACUAGAGCUCCAGACUUCUGGCCAUGUUGCUUUCCAGAAGGGUUUCAGGAAGACUGGUUAUGCAAGUGAUACUUCCUGUUUACCCGCUUUUCAUAAUGAAUGGCUGAGGAUGACAGAUUGUGACCACAGAAGUAUUCCAAUGCGGUUUAUUUGAGCACACGUUUGUAGUACUGCACAUGGGCAGUAGCCUGCAGUGUGCACAUAAAGAACUGAACCAGGAGCCUCAUCAGCUACAGAUUCCAACUACAUUUACAGCUAAAGACGAUUGUCUUGAAAGUGAAAUGUCAAGAGUCUGAAGUUAGGGAUUCAAGACUGACACUCCCUGGAUGGUCUCACCCACUCUUAUGGUUCCUGGCAUCCCCUUUGUGUUGAUAACUCCCAAAGCUGUGCCCCCAGCAGACACCACGCUCUUGGACUGCAGAGUCCUAUACUCAGCUGCCUUCCAGACAUCCCCGGUGUGGGAUUUGCAGAUUUCCACAAUUCCAUGUGUCCAGGGUGCACAGCCUGUACCUCCGCAGUGUUCCUCUUCCACUGAACUAUCCCACCAUCCCCCCAGUUGGUCAGGCCAAAAACCUGGGGCAUCCUUGACUUUUCCCUCCCCUUCACUUCUGGCUUACAGGGUCCUGCAGGAUCUGGUCCCCGCUUAGCCCCCGAGCCCGCUCUCACGACCGUCCACCUGGAUCUUGAGCCACACAGCAGGCGCCACGUUCUCACUCACCUGCACAUUUUCACAGUGUUCUUUCUCCUCUCCUCCUUCCUCCACUCUUGAGCUUUUCAGCCAUUCACGAUUGAAGUCAUUGAUUUCAGGUGUCCUUCCCUGACCUCUGCCUGUGUGGAUUUGAGGAGCACCGGUACUUCUCCUCACGUGGCACUCAUCACACCGGGUUGUUGCACUUGCCAUGGGAGGGCCUUGUCCACUGCUGCCUCCGCUGCACUGAGCACACUCGGCCUGACCCAUAAUAGGGAUAAUGACUCUUCUUGCUUCUCGCCUAAGUUGAAUAAGCAACUUGUGCACUUUAAUCCCCUGUCAGUGUCAUCAGGCUGACAGAAGACAGGUUUUUGAAAUCUCAGCUAUAAAGACAUCCAGCCAAAGUCUCAAUCUUGCCUUAACAAUGUUUCAGAGACUGAAUAAAAUGUUUGUGGGUGAAGUCAGUACUUCUUCCAACCAAGAACCAGAAUUUAGUGAGAAAGAAGAUGAUGAAUGGAUUCUUGUUGACUUCAUAGACACUUGCACUGGUUUCUCAGCAGCCGAAGACGAGGAAGAAGACAUCAGUGAAGAGUCACCUUCCGAGCACCCUUCAGUCUUUUCCUGUUUACCCGCGUCUCUUGAGUGCUUAACUGAUCCAAGUGAUUCCUGCUUCCUCCAGUUUGAGUCCUGUCCCAUGGAGGAGAGCUGGUUUAUCACCCCUCCCCCGUGUUUUACUGCAGGUGGAUUAACCACUAUCAAGGUGGAAACCAGUCCUAUGGAAAACCUUCUUAUCGAACACCCCAGCAUGUCUGUCUAUGCUGUGCAUAACCCCUGCCCCAGCCUCAGUGAGGCCCACUGUGGGACUGAGGAAUUUCAUAACCCAAGCAGUCCCAGAGUGGAAGCUCAGAAUGAAAUGGGGCAGCACAUUCAUUGCUAUGUUGCAGCUCUCGCUGCUCAUACAGCUUUUCUGGAGCAACCCAAGAGCUUUCGCCCUUCCCAGUGGAUAAAAGAACACAGUGAAAGACAGUCUCUGAACAGAAAUAGCCUUCGUCGCCAAAAUCUUACCAGGGAUUGCCACUCUCGGCAAAUCAAGCACAAUGGCUGGGCUGUCCAUCAGCCCUGCCCACGUCAGUACAAUUACUAAGAAUUUCAAGUGUGUUUGGUUGGUUUCUCUUGGUUUGUGCAUAUGUGUGUGCAUGUGUGUGUAUGGACGAUGAAUAUGCUGUCUCUUUACAGACAACUGAUGACCAAUCACACAGUUUUAUCGGUAUGUUUAGACACUAUCUUGAAGACCAGAUUUACAUGCUGUGUAUCACGUAAUGCCUUGCUCUUAACAUUUACUUUGUUGUAAAUUUUUUCAGAAUAUUUUUGGAAACAUAUCAAUACAAUUACAGUGUUUAGUGUUUGGGAAUGUCUUUAAAUCUAUUAAGGUGUACACAAGUUAGCAAUUUAAAGACAUUUCUUCCCAAGUACGAGAAUAGGCAUCUUUCAAUUUCAUUUUAUUUGGUAUUAAUCAAUCUUUUGAGUAAGCAGAAAUUUAUUCUCAGGGUCAGCCAUACACUUUAUUGACCAGUACUUGAUACUCUUUUCUGUAUAUGGCGAAUACAUUUUUACACACUAACAUGAGCAUUAACAAGUGAUGUGGUUGCCACAGAUAUAAUGGAAUUAUGGCUGAACUUUCUUUUGGAAGAAAACUUGAUAUAUUUCUGUGUGUGUGGGUUUUUUAUUUCCCAGAUUAGCCGUACAGUUCAUUUCGGAAUUCAGGUACAUUAAGUGUUCGUGAACAGUACAUUCAGUAACUCCGACGUGACUGUGUGACAUGGUACAGACAUUACAGGCAUCGUGGGACAACAGCACUCGUCUCACAUGCAGAGGGAUUAAAUUCGACCUGUGAAAUUAUAUUUGGGAAAAUGUGUGUCCAUAACUAACCCACUGGUCUACUGUUGAAGUUGUUUGGAUUCUUUCCUGCCAGCUCUGCCUACUCGCCACCUCGCAUCAGCUGUAAAUGCAGAAGUACUUGUCCUGGCACUUGAGUGACUUCCUAUUUAUAUGUGCCCAAGGGAAGAGAGAGGCUUUAUAUUUCUGAUGCAGUGAUAGAUCCUCUGCCACGGAGACUGUCCUGCCAAGUGGCAAGCAAGGGUGAAGGGGAUCCCUGGUGACAUCUCUUCAUAGCAUCUAAAUGAAGGGGUGACAGGUUGGCUUCCUUGAGUUCUCGUAUUUUUGUUUUAACUCGGGCUUCGGGCAAAAUCUUUAACCACUUUGGCCUCUGUUUCCUCCACCAGUGGGGGAGCAGUGGUACGUACCGCCCUCACAGUUGUUGGGAGGACUGUAUACUGAUUUGAAGCGGGACUGCCGAGAACUGAUCCUUGCGUGAAAUUCCAGGGGGCUCUCUGCCGAGUCUGGUGAUGGGGGUGGGGCUGUGGCAACUCCUCUGCCACAGCUGCUCCUCAGAGGCGAUGCUGAUGAGGCCGGGGCAGGGCUCUGUUCACACAGAGGCCAGUUAACUCAGCGCAGAGGAAAUCGAUUUCCUUACCUCUAGCCACUCACUUUACUUUUUAGCAGCUGUAAUGGGUUUUGCUGAGCCAUCUGCACUCUGACCAGCUUCCUCUGAAAUUAAGUUAAACGCAUUUACAAUCCAAAGCACGUUCUGCAUAGACAGAGCAGUACUAUCACCUUCAUAAUCAAAUAGCUUAUUUUUCCAUCUCCUCUGCAACCCUAAUUAAAUAAGUACAUGGCUAUACAGUGUUGUCAAGGGAGAAAGCAGCAUAUAGUUAUAUGAAGUAUUAGUAUAUACUUCAGUAACCCUGUAGCAGUUGGAUGCAGGGAACCAUGGGAGACUUUUUUUAAGCGAAGAGCUGGGCUCUUUUCUGACUAGUCUGGGGUAUGUGGAGUCAGAAGAGGUUCAAAUAGCUUAGUUAGAUGGUGGUGGGUUCGUCCACUGGCUGUGCCGAAGGGCCAGGAAUGUCUCUUUAGAACAAGAGUCUAGAUCCCCCUUCUCUCCUUAGUCCCCUUCCAUUUCAGCUACCCCUUUAUUUAUUUGUUUUCUAAUAAGAGGCCAAGUCUGUAAACUUUUGUCAAACUGAGCUAGAAGUUAUUUUGUUACUAUUUGUGUUUACCAGAGUUGGGAGAUAAGGUAGAGUUUUCAUGAAGGUGUGUAUGUUUUCUACCAUGACUGUUAAAGGGCCGUAUGUUGCUAACUUGAGCAUAGAUGUAAGCCUCUGAAUACAUGGGGGUCUCUUUUUUCAUAUAUUAAAUGCAAGUUGUUAGUACCUCACGAGUUAAAGAAGUUCAGCCAUGAGAAUUUGUUUGGCAGCAUGAACAGAUUUGUAUAUAAAACUGCAAUGGUCUUUUUUUACUAUUAUUUUUUCAGAUUUCCAAAUACCUUAAAUACAUUUACAUCUCUAUCAGUUAUUGACUUUUUGUUUGCCUUAUUUGGGCCAAGUUUUUUAUGCUUUGUACCUGGAAAACAAAUGAUUUCAGUCUUUGCGAUGUUUUUUCAGUGUAAGGGUUACCACACACCAUCCGUGAUAUCAUACUGUCAUUUCUGUAUCAGUAUCUAAGGUUUCUGUCUAAAAUUGGCACAUGUAAGCAUUAAAGAAAGUGGUUAUAUGAUGCAGUUGAAGUUCUUGGUCAUUAGAUGUUUGUUAGGGAUCUACUAUGUGCGAGACAUAAGACCAAUAAUAACAGAGAGUGAUGUUGAUCUGUUAAGUAUUCUUUGAAACGUGGCUGACAUGCAGCUUAUUAUAAGUUUAUUAUUUUUGCUAUUGUAAAUAUUAGUGGUUUACAAUGUGCUUUAGUGCAUAUUCCUUAAAAAUUCAAGCAGUGAGAAAUAAGACCCCUUUGAAUUUAGCGCUCUGUUUCUAAACUGAUAAUAUAGAAUGUUACUUGGAAAAAGUCUGGAAUAUGUGGUGCACACAGCAGUGUUUCAUGAAUGAGUUUCUUAGUUUUUAUAAUGCACCAUGUUUCUCAAAGUUUGUGUUUUUUGUUAAUAAAACAUUUUAUAAUGUAUAUCCUAUGUUUAUUACUUUUUCUUCUUCACUUAGUUUGAUUAUGUACUGCACCGUAAGUUGAAGAUUAACCACCCGUUAUUUAUCUUCUGUGGCAAUUUAUAAUAUAUGUUUGGGUGGGUGGGGAAUUUUUUGCAGAAGGUGCAAAGUGAUUGGAUUUUUUACUUACUGUUCCAGGGAGCUUUUUUAACAUUCAUUUCCUGUGCAUGUUUUCAGUUCCCAUGCAAACUGUUCCUGUUUACAUACCUUCCAUGUUGUAUCAGUACUUUGAUUCUAGUGAGAUAACAGUUUACUUAAAACUUGAGAGGGCCAUUCAGCAUUGCCUAAUGUUUUUACUUCUCAAAUCUGUGUAGUACACUGGUUUGUAAUCUCUAUGUCUUCCUUGAAUCUGAGUGUCUUUGCUAUUUCUCUUCCUCCUCAAGGAAAUAUAUUGUCUUAUAUACUCUUUAAGAAAAGAGAGCAAAGAAGGGUAUCUUUCUUAUUCUCAUUUUCUUUGAGUUGGAAACAAACAAACAAAAAAAAUGAAGGACUCCACCCAGAAGAUAGACAUUUAAAUUUAAAUAGCUUAGUAGAGACAGUUUAAGAGUUUCCAAGUAUUAGUUUGUGUUUUUAGAAUCGGUUAAGAGACUGCUCCUUGUACUGGAGAUACUAGCAUAUGUUUGUAAUGUUACCUUAAAAUUAUCUUUUUAUUUUAUAAGUCCCAUACAUACUGGUUAAAUUCUUUAAAACGUUGGGCUACUAUCAUGGAUAGGUUCACUGCCAUCGGCCCUGUUGAUUAUUAUAAAUGGCAUCCUUAUCUACUUAACGCUUAAAUUUUUAUAUAAAAUGCUUUAUUUAGAAAACAUAUAAUAUAGUGGUGUCAGCCUUGCCACGUACCAAUUUCACUUGAAAUGUGACACCAAUUACAGUGGUUUGGGGUGGAGAAAGAGGUCCUGGAAAGCAUACAGAUAAGGAUAUCUUUUCCUCUUUGCAACAGUAUCCUUUAUGUGGGAGGAGAAGUUACUAUUCCAAGGAAGGCAGCUUAAGUGGAUAUUCUUUUGUGUGUCAUUGAGAAUUUUCCUUACAACAUUUUUUUAAAUUGUUAUCAUUGUUAAAUGCCCAAUUUUGCUCAGUAUUUGCCUGAAGUUUUAGUAUUUGUUUUCUAGGAGGGCUUCUAAAAACCAAACCAGUACUUGGGGAGGUUGGAUGUGUGUGUUUCCAGGCUUGCUGUGUAUGAGUGGUUUUGCUUGCUUUUUGGUUGUGUUUUCCUCCAGAGGUUUGGAACCUUAAUCAGUAAUUGUGUGUGUGUUUUUUAAGUGGCUUUGGUUUUUUGUUUUUGUUUGUUUGUUUGUUUCUCAAGUAAAAUUGUGAACACAUUUGCUUUUCAAGGGCAGGGCAUCAGUUCUAGAGACUGAAGAGUAUUGUAGGUUGUACUAUGUGCCUUCUUGAUGUGUUUCUGGACACAAUUUUUGUUCGACAACUUGAAAACUCAAAAGGGACAUUAGAUUAGGUUAUAUACUGUACAUCAAUCUAUGCACAAAUGGCAGCUUGUUUUCUUGAGCCACUGUCUAAAUAUUUUUUUCUGUUUUCAUAGAAGGUUUUUAUACUGAUUAGUUCAUAGAUGGUCAGUUUUAUACACAGACUAAACAAACAAUACAGCACUUUGCCAAAAAUAAGUGUAGCAUUGCUUAAACAUUGUGUAUUAACACCAGUUCUUUGUAAUUGGGUUCAGUGGUGUAUUUUGCACUACCUGGAGUUAUGGUUUUUAAUCUGUCAGUAAAUAAAAUGUCCUUUAACUUCA